AUGGAUUAAAAAAUUAGUUUAUAGCCAGGUUUAAUAAUUGAGUCUAGAUUUAAAUUACUUUAAAAAAUAGGGAGUGGUAGCUUUGGAAUUGUUUACUUAACUUAUGAUUUAUAAGAGAAGGAAUAUUGCGCAACGAAAUUUGAAAGUAGAAAUUUAUAAAUGAGAAUGAUGAAUAGAGAGAUACUAAUUUUGAAAUAAUUGAAAGGCAUCAAUGGUAAAUAGUUAUACAUUUAAUACAUUCAAUUUCAGGUUUUCCAGAAUUAAUUCAUUAUGGAAAAGAUAACCAAUAUUAAUUUUAUAUGAGUACAUUGUUAGGUGAGAAUUUAGAGGUUUUAUUAUAAAAAUGCGGUGGUAAAUUUACUUUAUAGACUGUCCUUCAAUUAUCUAUACAAUUGAUAGAUCGUUUAGAAGGUAAUUAUUCUCAAUAAAUAGUAAUAGUGUUUCAUAGUAUGAAUUUCAUUCAUAGAGAUAUAAAACCAGAGAAUUUCCUAAUUUAUAAAGAGGAUACAUCAAUAGUAUAUUUGAUUGAUUUUGGAUUGUCUAAAUAUUACAGAGUAACAGAUGGUAGACAUAUAGAAUUUACUUAAAAAACAGGUGUAAUUGGAACUGCACGUUAUGCUAGUAUAAAUACAUUACAAUGUAUAGAUAUCUAUAUUAUUUUAAGGGAUGGAAUAAUCUAGGAGAGAUGAUCUUGAAAGCUUAGGUUACAUGUUAAUAUAUUUAGUAAAAGGGGAGUUACCUUGGUCAAAUAUAAAGGCUAGAGAUAAAGACGAUAAGUAUGAGCAAAUUUUAUAAAUAAAAAUGGGCUUACCUUUAAAUUAACUAUGUUUUAAUCUACCAAAGGUAUAAUUUAUUUCAUUAUAAGUGUUUUAUUCAUUAUUUCUAACAUGUUAAAUCUCUUCUUUUCCAACAAUAACCUAAUUAUUAGCACUUAAGAAAUCUAUUCGAAAAACAAUUACUUGAAUAUAAUCACUAAUUAUAUGACUGGGAGAUUAAAACAAUAGAGAAGUAACAAUAAUAGUAAGAUAUUCUUAUUGAUCCUAAUUCAAUACCUGAUAUUAGAUUACAUAGUGAUUUAGAUUAUGUUCCACCUGUAGAUGAUGAAGGUGAAGUCUUUCUUUUAAAAUAAGAGAAUUAGCAUCAUGUCAAAUUUAUGAAAGAAUUACAUGAAAAAUAUUUAGAUCACAAUUCAUAUAAAUAGAUGUAGUAAAUUUAAUUAUAAAAAACUACAUCAAUUGAACCUAAAAGUUAAGCUACAAGCAAAUAGAACAAUUAUCAAACUAGCAAUCAUACUUUAAUCUAGAUUGAAUCUUAACCUUAUAUUUAUAAUAAUGUUCCAUAAUUCUCUAAAAGAAAAGAUUCUAAAUCAUAUACUUCAUUUAAAUAAACUUAAGAGCAUAAAGAAAAUAGGAAGUUUCGAUAAUCAAAUGAUGACUAUGAUUUAGAGAUGGCUAAUGAAGAUGGACAAAAUCUUGACUUAAAUAAUCUCUAAGCCAAUCACUUUUUAAAUUGA